CAUCGGAGCGGACAACACAUGAGUCCCGACGCGAAGACGUAUGCCAUGGGGAGCGGCGUAAUCCGCGUCACGGCCUACAUCUGCGAAGCUGACAGAGCGUCGUCUCCUCGGGGCGCACUGACGUUCCUGUGCCCCAAGGCAUCAAACCACCCGACAUCGACAGUGGAGACACCACAAGUACCUCCGCCUUCCAAUACUGACGAGGUGUUUUCGCAGCCCCGGCGUGUCAUGCAUCCGCUCAACAACAUCGUCGACGAGCUCCUCUGCUGGUUCUGCGCCCACUACACUCCCAAACCAAACCCAAGGCCCGUCGCAGAAUCCCGCGAUAUGACACUGCCGACUCCCCCAGACGUACUCGAGAUCAUGGAGACCUUGGCUCGGCUUGAGGCUAGAAAGAAACGGCUGAGGGCAAAGCAAGUGGCGCUAGGCUUGGCGCUGGUCGUGGCAGAACCCGAGCCUGAGCCUGAGCCCAAGUGCACCAUCGAUUACGACGCGAUUCAGGCGAGAGAGGAUGCGGAGGCGGCGGCGCGGUGGGAAAGAAUGCGGGAAGUCCGCGCGAAGCUGGAAUCGCACAAUGCGAUGGUGGCGCUCCUGGUGGAUACGUUGGUCAAGAAGGCGUGGCCGGAGGUGGAUCGUAUUGAUAGGAAGCUGGAGUGGUCGGGGUUUGAGUAGCCGGUACGUAUACUUACUUCGCCGUACGCUGGCAGGAUCAUGCAAUAAGGCGUUUUGUGCGUUCUCGAACCUUUCCGCCGUGUUCCCGCGUCCACUGUCCACUGUCCCUUUGCUCGACCAUAAUGAUAUUGUCAUUAUACACUUUAUAACUUGAUCUCAUCGUCGAACUUGAAGACACCUCAAAUAUGCCAUUCC